ACACGAGUGCUGAAGUAGCGUUUUACCGGCGUGGUGUCACUCCUAUUUGCCCCUUUUUCAUCUGCUAGGGCUUCCUUUUGAUCACCUGGAGACUUGUGUGGUCAUAAAAGACAGUGCCCUGGGAGCUUGCUGCCAGCCUUUGACCUGACCCGCGCAGCUCGGUGGCGGUGACCAUGCCGGGAGAGGUGGCGGCGCCCGAGAGCGGCCCGGUGGCCAGCGGCGGCCAGCCGGCCGACGGUCAGCAGCAGCAGCAGCAACAGCAGCCGGCGCAGCAGUCUUUCUUCUCCAUCUGCAAGGGCCUCAUAUUCCGCGCCUUUGUCAUCUAUCUCAUAUCGUCCAUGUUCAGGCGCCCCACCCCGCAGGCCGGGCCGGGCGGUGGAAAGCCGCAGGCGCCCGUGUACGCCACCAACAUGUUCGAAAAUGGAACGUUCAUGGACCUGUACGUGUAUGUGAGCGAGUCCGCCGACGGACCAGACUUCAGCCGGCCGGAGCAGCUGGCCUGGCGCCAGCUCGGACUACAGUACGGCGACUGGACGAGCGGGCCCGACGGCAACGGCAUCUUCUCCCACAAGCUCAUCUACCGGCCUUCGGAGGCGGUGCUCAACAACGGCUCGGUAUACCUGCACGUGUUCGUGGUGCGCGAGGGUCGCUCGCCGGACCCGUCCACAGGCCGGCUGUACUCGCGCCAGGAGACCAUCUCCGGCACCAAGCGGCUUAACAAGUUCAAACGCAAGGUGUACCGGCGGACGCAGAACCUGCUGACGGGCAGUUCGGAGAUUUCCGAGGAGGACCUCAAGGUAGGUGGCCACCUCCGUGGUGCCGUUCACGCCUCCCGCGCGGGCGGAGCCGGUCCGCUGAAGGGACGGCGGUCGGGGCGGAAGGAGAGCGAACUUGUCUCAGUCGCUAGCUCGCGGGCGGCCACGAUGGAUGACCGGCUUCACACCGACCGCGACAUCGCGGCGCGACGGAAGUUGGUUGUUGCGGACGGUCCAACACAGGGCUGGACGGUGGACUCAUUCGGCGCAGCGGCGUCUUCGGCGUACGAGCUGGCGGAGGCCAGGGCCGCGGUUUUCGACGCUCACAACAGGAAACCGUCGUCUUCGAAGGGAUCGACGUCGUUCUCGAAGGGGUCAAAGCCGGAGCCGCGCCACCGCGUGGUGGCGGCGGAAGGAAACUGA